AUGGAUGGGAUGAAGGACAUGGAUGGGAUGAAGGAUGUGGAUGGGAUGAAGGACAUGGAUGGGAUGAAGGAUGUGGAUGGGAUGAAGGAUGAGAAUGGGAUGCAGGAUGUGUUUGGGAUGAAGGACAUGGAUGGGAUGAAGGACAUGGAUGGGAUGCAGGACAUGGGUGGGAUGAAGGACAUGGAUGGGAUGCAGGAUGUGUUUGGGAUGAAGGACAUGGGUGGGAUGAAGGACAUGGGUGGGAUGCAGGAUGUGUUUGGGAUGAAGGACAUGGAUGGGAUGAAGGACAUGGAUGGGAUGAAGGAUGAGGAUGGGAUGAAGGACGUGGAUGGGAUGAAGGACAUGGAUGGGAUGAAGGAUGUGGAUGGGAUGAAGGACAUGGAUGGGAUGAAGGACAUGGAUGUGAUCCAGGAUAUGGAUGGGAUGCUGAAAUGCUUUGCUGUGGUGGAACUGGGAGCUCAUGGACACCAGGACACCCUGGUGGGCAGGGAGAACACCUGGAUCUUGUCCUGUUUGCACAGUGAAUUGUCCAGAUCCGAAAUUCAGGCCAGGGCUCUGGCCGACAUCCUAAGGCAGCAGGGACCAAUCCCAAUCGGACACUGUGAAAGAGAGACUAUCUCGGCCAUAGAUACCUCCCCCAAAGAAAACACCCCAGUCAGAACCUCUUCCAAAAACCAUUACACCCCGGUGCGCACCUCCAAGAGCAACCCAGGACACUAUGGAAAGGAUAUUUAUCGCAGUGGAGGGCCAGAUCUCCAUAAUUUCAUCUCCUCCGGGUUUGUCACGUUAGGACGAGGACACACGAAGGAUGACCAAGAACAAAAUUAUAAUCACCUGAUACUAAACAGUGCCACCCAGACACCUACACAUGACAAGCCACGAAUGAACAACAUCCUCACUUCAGCCACCGAGCCCUACGACCUGUCCUUCUCCCGCUCCUUCCAGAACCUCUCCCACCUCCCGCCGUCCUACGAGUCUGCUGUCAAGACAAACCCCAGUAAAUAUUCAUCUCUGAAGAGGCUCACUGACAAAGAGGCUGACGAGUACUACAUGAGGAGGAGACACCUGCCCGACCUGGCAGCCAGGGGCACGCUGCCCAUCAACGUCAUCAAAAUGUCUCAGCAGAGCAACCACCGGGACAGGCCCCGCCGUCCCAUCAGGGCCAUGUCCCAGGACAGGGUGCUGUCCCCUGAGAGGAUCAUGCCCGAGGAGUUCAGCAUGUCCUACGAACGGAUUCUCUCAGACGAGCAGCUCCUGUCGGCAGAGCGCCUGCACUCCCAGGACCCGCUGCUGUCCCCGGAGCGGUCGGGGUACCCCGAGCAGUCCAUGUCCAGGGCAUUGUCACACACAGAUGUCUUUGUGUCAACACCGGUCUUGGAUCGCUACAGGAUGUCAAAAAUGCAGUCCCAUCCCAGUGCCUCAAAUAACUUGUACAAUACCUUGAGUAUGAACCCGACCUCGGCCAAGCGCCAAGCGUUCGCCUCGCGCCGGCACAACACGGUGGAACAGCUGCAUUACAUCCCCGGCCACCACCACCACUACCGCACCGCCAGCAAAACAGAGGUGACUGUUUGACAUGACCCAGUGCAUUGUAGAUACUCCUUAAGGACUGGGGUGGCCACGGCACCCCGUUCUGCAGUGGCCUUAUAGGCCAAGAUAACCUCUACUAACUCAGUGUCUGCAAGGACUUCUCUGACAGUCCCACCCACGAUGUUUUUAAAGCCACCCCUUCAUCAGUGACACAGGAAGAACUGAAGCAGCAGUCAGACACUAGUGAGGGAUAACGGAGGAAAUUUCCUGAUGUGCAUCAGUUUCUGUCAAAGAAAGCCAUAGUAAUCGAUGGCUCCUUCCAAGGGCUCACCUGCAUUAUCCCAUAGUUUCCAUUAAUUCAGGACUUUUCAGUUGCUCCAAGGAGAAGCAGCCUGAGACAGGGAGGAGGAAAUGCAGCCCCCCCAUCCUGGCAGGAAGGGGCCUCACUCUUGGUCCUCAUGUUUCUGUAGCAAGUAGGGAACUUCUGGCCGCUGGGGUCACCCCCAGGCUGCUCGACACCCGCCAGCACCCACACAUCUGUUCCUUGUCACCCUUGGAGCAAAUUCAAGGGCAGACUUUCCUACGGGACUGGCAGACCUAGGGACAAGAAUAGCCUGGCUGAGAAAUAAAGUUUUAGUUUAUACUAAAUAUACUCAUAAGAUACAAACAUACUAGUGCCUACAAAUCGCCUGCUCUCUCAGUGUAGGAAGUAGUGGGGUUGAUGUGUUCAAUAAGCACAAAUAUGCUGAAAUGCUUGUUAGACCCUUUUCUCCACUCAUUCUAGUAUCUUGGUGUCUCCAACAUGUAAAUAGGAAGGAGGAAGAGGGUUUCCCUUCCUCCAGCUUCUUGCCACUGCUGAACCUAAAGCACCAGAACCCGUUCAGCUCCACACUGCUGACCUGUGCUGGGGGAGGUCCUGACCCCACUGAGACCCCUGCAAAGCAAGGCUGCCACCGAGCCUGGGUUUCUCCCCAGAGGUUUCUAUUCCUGAUAGCAUUUUCCACGGCCCAGUUCCCCAGUUCCCCUGAACAUUUUCUCUUCCCAUAUACAGCCUGGAACUCCAUAUGUAGCAAAUAAUUUUCCAGCCCUUAGCAGAGGCACAAAGCUGAGGGUGUCUGUUUACCGAAAAGCAGGUCGGUAACUUUCCAUGGUUUUCUCUCCCUGCAAUGGCCUCCCAAGAAAACCUUCCAAAUUCCAAUUCCACUGAGUCCCAAUCCUAACCAUGAAGACAGUUACAUUUCAUGCAUAUAAAUUAUAUAUCCAGCAUAAUUAUAAUUAAUGGGCAUGUUGUAUAUCUGAUAUAACGCUAAUUAGAUACUGUAUAUUUGUAAAAUCUUUAAAACAUAGACUCGUGGGUCCAGAAUUUGUGAGGGUUUUACCUUUGGCUUUCCAGACAGAUUGGGCUUUGCUUUGUUUUUUUUUUGUUAGAUUUGCGUUUGGUUUUUCUUUUUUUCCCCCUUUUGAUUUGUGUUCCCAGCAAAUUCUGUAGAACUGACUCCCACCGGAACACACUUCUGUGGCCAGGAAAGGGUCUCAGAGGGUUUGAAGGCUAGCCAGACCCAGUGCUGGAGUUGUGGGUGCUGGACACUGUCCCCAUGUGCCCUGGAGGCCCCAGCACACGCACACCCCCCAUGGCUCCGGGCAGACACGCUCCCUCCUCGGGGUGAGAUGACUUCAGGCUGUGAGCACAUCCCUGUGCACUUCUCUUCGUGUCCCACUUUCCCACAUGGACUCUUUUCCUGCGUGGCUCUUCAUUAGGCUUCACUGAACUUUGCUCUGCCCUCCUCCCUCCCCUCAAAUACCUCCCACCUCCUGGCCUUAAAGACAUUCCCAGCCCAACUGUGUCAAGUCCUGUAGCAAACAAUGAUUGGAGGGUGUGAGUGGGAGUCUCCUGUGGAGGCUUUGGUGCAGCACCAGGGGCAGGUAGGAGGAGCACGUGUCCUUACCCCAGUGGGACUGACAGGUGGGCCUCAGUGCGGUGUCCAGGUGGCCUUUCUCUUCCCCAGACUGUCCUGGAGCUGGUCCUGUUUCCAGAGCUUUAUCCUGCCCCGUCUGAUGGAGAUUGUGUUGAGAAGGACUCCAUCAGUGAGAGGUUACUGGGGCUUUGUUUGACGGAAACUGAGCUGGGAGGGAAUAAAAAAAUUACAGUCUCCAGGGUCAGAUCCUGCAGCCUUGGGCAAAAUCACUGUAGGCAACAACCAGAACCGUCUGUGGAUCAGGGUGGCAGUUCAUGGCAUGGGAGAGAUGAGAGAGAACAGGCUCACACCUCACCUCCUGCCCCCUCCCUUGAUGGACACUACUCUUCCCUGACUACCUCCAAGCUCCUCGGCUCAGUCGCUGGAUUUUUCCUCCCAGAAGACAAUCCCUGUGAAAACAUUGCCCUUGAUGACCUUCCCACAGGCCAAAGUGUGGGACUCAUGUGAAGAGAAGAGAAACUCUCACAGCUGAUGGGGAGGCAGCCCCUGCUGAGGUUCUGGGGCUCUUCCACUCUCGCUUGGCCCGAGCAGAGCCAGGGAGAUCUGAACUCUGUGGGAUGGCAGAGUGCGCUGCAGAGUCUCCAGGAGCUGUGGUGGCAGAGCUGGAGAAGCGGUGACAGUGGGAGGCCGUGGGUAGGUGAACACUCCUCUCUUUCCAUGUCCAUAGCUGUGUGUCUCAAGCUCUAGUCCUCAUCUAAAUGUUCUGUUUGUGAACUAAGAAGUUGCUGGACCAGAUGCAAAUUUGGAAAUCUUUUGUUCAAGUAGCCUGUGCUGAUGCUGAGCUGUGCCUGGGCCAUUUGACCUCUGUGUCUUCUCCUGUCCCAGCUAACAAAUAUCACAGGCCCUCUGCUGACGUGUCUUACCUGGGCAAGAAUCCUCCAGAGAAAUCUUAGCCUCAUUUCCUUGUCUUUUUUCCACACACUCAACGGUUUCAAGCAGAUGUGUCCCACAAGGAGCCUUUUUAGGCCAAAUCUCUUCAGGGACUCUGCCACCACCACAGAAAAUUUUCGUCAAAUUUCCUUGGGAAGGAACUGUGCCCUGGAUGCCACCUGGGCACCAUGUGUUCCCACAGCUCACUCCGUGUGCUGGAAGGGGUUGGUGGCUGGGGCAGUGGCAUUUGAGCACACACAGGUGUCCUUAGGUCAUUUUUUCCCCUUAUUCCUCCUUCUGAGAAUUUGUCACUGAAAGAACGCUCGGUUUGGGACCGAGUGUCAUGACCCACAGCCUGGUCCCCAGCACUUCAGCUCCCCGUGGUCCACACAUGAUGAUGAUAAUGGGAAUUUCCAGUUCUAUGGAGGGGUCAGACGUCUGUGGAACGCUUUGAGACCCUCUCACAACAGAAACUGUAGAGCAGCAAAGUGUUUUUGGUUAAUCUUGUUUGUCAUUGUCCUGGCACAUCGUGUGUGAUGUGUCACAAUCCUCUCUGCCCAGAAGGAGAGCUGGGGUGGGAUUGCCCAGAUUCCCACUGCUCUCCUCCUGGUCAGGGUCCUGGCAGG